AUGGAGUCGAUCCAAAUCCGUCUGGUCAAUGGCGAAGAGACAAAUUCCGAGCCAUCCCAAGUCUUUCAAAUACCGGAGGACACGACGCCAGUGCAAUUGAAUGCACUUGUGAACAAAUUGAAUAAGACGGAGGAGGAACCCUACCCAUAUUCUUUUUACACAGAAGACGCGCAGAUUAUAGAAAAGGUCCCAAAUAAAGGAAGCGAAGAAGUUGUAAUUGUCACGUACUACCCACAAGCCAUUUUCAGAUGUCGACCUAUAAGUCAUAGUACCCACACUAUGACGGGGCAUAGUAAUUCCAUUCUCUCAUGUAAGUUCUCCCAAGACUCGACGAAGUUGGUGACAUCGAGUGGGGAUCACACUGUACGCCUGUGGGACUUAAAUUCGUGUACGCCCAUCACCACAUUAAAAGAGCAUGGUGAUUGGGUACUUAAUGUUGAUUGGCAUUAUAGUGGAAGGUAUGUAGCGAGCGGUGAUAAAUUAGGUAAAGUGAUAAUAUGGGAAGUGAAUGAGGAUGGUACUGAUGCGAAGAAAGUGAGUAGUUACUGUCACACCAAUUUCAUCAGUGACAUCCAGUGGAAGCCACAAGUCUAUGGGGACGAUUGUAUCUUUGCAAGUGCAUCGCGCGACUUCUCGACGAAGAUCUAUGAUGUGAAGAGACAAGAAGUUGUUCGUACUCUUGGUGGGCAUACACAAGGAGUGACAUGUGUACGUUGGAGUGGACGGGAGAAUAUCUUAUAUACAUCUUCACGGGACCGCACCAUUAAUAUCUAUGAUGUCAGACAAUACAAUCCAAUCAAUGUCUUACGGGGACAUUCGCAUUGGAUCAAUUCAUUAAGUCUUAGUACCGACUAUGUCUUACGCCAAGGAGGAUAUGAUCCACUUGAGAAAGACAAAGGCAUCGAUGGGGCAAGAAAGCGUUUAAAUAAAGUGAUAAGUAGUGGCGGAGGAGAACGUUUAGUGUCCGCAAGUGAUGAUGGCACUUUAUACAUGUGGAUGCCGACAGCAUCACAAAAGCCUUUACAUCGACUCGUCGGACAUUCAAGUCAAGUGAUGUCGUGUAAGUUCUCGCCAGACAGUCGUUACAUAGCAAGUAUGGGCUGUGAUAAAAGUAUUAAAUUAUGGGACGGAUUUAAAGGAACAUGUUUACACACUUAUCGUGGUCAUGUCCAAACAGUUUAUGCCUGUGCCUGGUCACCCGACAGUAGAAUGUUUGUUAGCGCAAGUAAAGAUAGUACCGUCAAAUUGUGGAGCGCUUUACCUAAUAGUAGAAAACUAUUAAGUAAUUUACCAGGACAUCUCGAUGAAGUGUUCGCAGUGGAUUGGUCUAAUGAUGGAUCAACUGUCGCAACAGCUUCAUAUGACCAUACUAUUAAAAUAUGGAGGUGCUGA